UCCCUAGGGAGCUGCGACUGGCUGGCUUUCGUGGCUUCGAAAACUUUCCAGCGCGAGUGCCACGGCGACGGGCCGCAGCUGAGUCGGAGCCCACGCGGCCCGCGCCUCCCGCGAAGAACUUUUCGGAGUGGCGGUGGUUUGUCACUCUCGCUUUCCGACGCGCCUCCCCCCUGGCUCGUGCUCCCGGAGCGCCCUCCUCCUGGCGGGGACCUUCCCUGGAGCCAGCCCGCCCAGCAGUCCCAGCCUCCGCCGCUCGCGGGCCCAGAAGCUCCAAAGAACUGGCGCCCCUCGCCCCGGCCACCCAGCCUCGUGCCUGCGCCACCGCCUAGUCUAGGCUUUGCAACAUGCUUCAGCGGCGUCGCGCGCACUGAGAGCCUCCGAUCCUGGGGCGAAGAGGAGCGGGGGACCCGGGUCGUGGAGGAGGGGACCCGCAGCCUUGGAGUCGACUUUUUGCCGAUGGUCCAAAGCGACACGUCCAAGUCGCCUCCCGUAGCGGCGGUGGCGCAGGAGAGCCAGAUGGAGCUGCUGGAGAGCGCGGCUCCCGCGGGGGCGCUCGGAGCACAGGUAGCCACUGCGCCGCGCCUUCUGCUGGCUUUGUGAGCCUCAGAGCCCCGACCUCAGUCCCUCCCGCUGCCUCCUCUCCCUCAUCGCGAACCGCGCCUCCCCCUCCUGCUCCGGUCUCCUUCGCCACCUCCUCCCGCCCAUCCCGGUGCUGCUGGGGGACCCUGCCCCUGCGCGCCUUCCACGGGCUCUGCUCCGGCUUCCAUUUUUUUGUUUGUUUGUUUGGUUGGGUUUUUUUGUUUUGUUUUCUUUUGAUUUUGCCCCCUUUGCUUUCUGAAAAGCCAGUGGGAAGGGGCGAGGACGACCUGCCGCUCCUCCCCGGCUUUUCCCGGGCCACGCCGCUUGGCUGUCCGCGCCCCUGCCCUGGAGAAGCACAUGGAGAGCCAUGGACCAGGCGAGUGGACUGGACCGGCUCAAGAUCUCCUAUGGAAAAGGAGCCAGGAGGAAAAAUAGAUUUAAAGGCUCGGAUGGAAGCACAUCGUCAGACACUACCUCAAACAGUUUUGUCCGCCAGGGUUCGGCAGACUCCUACACCAGCCGCCCAUCCGAUUCAGAUGUGUCUUUGGAAGAGGACCGGGAGGCAGUACGUAGAGAAGCUGAGCGGCAGGCACAGGCACAGUUGGAAAAAGCAAAGACAAAACCUGUUGCAUUUGCAGUUCGGACCAAUGUCAGAUACAGCGCAGCCCAGGAGGAUGACGUUCCGGUGCCUGGCAUGGCCAUCUCCUUCGAGGCCAAAGAUUUUCUGCAUGUUAAAGAAAAAUUUAAUAAUGACUGGUGGAUAGGACGGCUGGUUAAAGAAGGCUGUGAAAUCGGAUUUAUUCCAAGCCCAGUCAAACUAGAGAACAUGAGGCUACAGCACGAACAGAGAGCCAAGCAAGGGAAAUUCUAUUCCAGUAAAUCAGGAGGGAAUUCAUCAUCCAGUUUGGGUGACAUAGUGCCCAGUUCCAGAAAAUCGACACCGCCGUCAUCUGCUAUAGACAUAGAUGCUACUGGCUUAGAUGCAGAAGAGAAUGAUAUUCCAGCAAACCACCGCUCCCCUAAGCCCAGUGCAAACAGUGUAACAUCACCCCACUCCAAAGAGAAAAGAAUGCCCUUCUUUAAGAAGACAGAGCACACUCCUCCUUAUGAUGUGGUACCUUCCAUGCGACCAGUGGUGCUGGUGGGCCCGUCUCUGAAGGGGUAUGAGGUCACAGAUAUGAUGCAAAAAGCACUGUUUGAUUUUCUAAAACACAGAUUUGAAGGGCGGAUAUCCAUCACAAGAGUCACUGCUGACAUCUCCCUUGCCAAACGCUCAGUAUUAAACAAUCCCAGUAAGCAUGCAAUCAUAGAAAGAUCCAACACAAGGUCCAGCUUAGCGGAAGUUCAGAGUGAAAUUGAAAGGAUUUUUGAACUUGCAAGAACACUGCAAUUGGUAGUCCUUGACGCGGAUACAAUUAAUCACCCAGCUCAACUCAGUAAGACCUCUUUGGCCCCUAUCAUAGUGUACGUAAAGAUUUCUUCUCCCAAGGUUUUACAAAGGUUGAUAAAAUCUCGAGGGAAAUCUCAAGCAAAACACCUCAAUGUCCAGAUGGUAGCAGCUGAUAAACUGGCCCAAUGUCCUCCGGAAUCAUUUGAUGUGAUCUUGGAUGAGAACCAGCUGGAGGACGCUUGUGAGCAUCUUGCCGACUAUCUGGAGGCAUACUGGAAGGCCACCCACCCUCCCAGCGGUAACCUCCCCAACCCUCUGCUUAGCCGGACUUUAGCCUCCUCAACUUUACCUCUGAGCCCCACCCUCGCCUCUAAUUCACAGGGUUCUCAAGGUGAUCAAAGGCCUGAUCGCUCUGCUCCCCGGUCUGCUUCCCAAGCUGAAGAAGAACCUUGCCUAGAACCCGUCAAAAAAUCCCAACACCGUUCCUCCUCAGCCACACACCAAAACCACCGCAGCGGGACAGGUCGAGGCCUCUCUAGGCAAGAGACGUUUGACUCUGAAACCCAAGAGAGCCGAGACUCUGCCUACGUGGAGCCAAAGGAAGAUUAUUCACAUGAACAUGUGGACCGGUAUGUCCCACACCGCGAGCAUAACCACAGAGAGGAGACCCACAGCAGCAAUGGCCACAGACACAGGGAGUCUCGCCACCGCUCUAGGGACAUGGGUCGAGACCAGGACCACAAUGAGUGCAUCAAACAACGAAGCCGGCAUAAAUCUAAGGAUCGCUACUGUGACAAGGAGGGGGAAGUAAUAUCCAAGAGAAGGAAUGAGGCUGGCGAGUGGAACAGGGAUGUAUACAUCCGCCAAUGACCGUGCGUGUCCCUACCCCCAAGUCUUUGUGUAUCAUCCUUAAGCAAAAUCUUUGGGGGUUACAUUGCAACCAUAUGUGAUUUGUCUUGUCUAUUUUGUAUUGCUGUUGCUCCAAUAGCAAUGGCAUGCAAUCAAGUAUUACUAUACAUUCUUUUGUAAGUACCACAGAAAUUGGCCUAGUACAGCUGCAGACUAUAUCCUGAACAAUUCAAAAGCUGUUUGGGUAGCUGCCAUCUCAACAGAGUGGCUCCAGAAACGUAGUUACUAUAUCCAGUGAGCCAGAUGCAGCGCAGAUAACAAGUGGGAUUUCUCCGUAUUUUCAAUACCCAGAUACCUGACCUGUCAUUCUUUCAUGGACCACUGUUUCUUGCUUGUACCUCUGGCUGACUAAAUUUGGGGAUAGAUUCAGUCUUGCCUUACACAAAGGGGAUUAUAAAGUUAGAAUCUAUUUUCUAUGUACUAGUACUGUGUACUGUGUAGACAGUUUGUAAAUGUUAUUUCUGCAAACACCUUAUUAUAAUUAUAUAUGUAUAUAUAAUUAUAUAUACGUAUAUAUAAUUAUAUAUACAUAUAUAUAUAUAUAUAUAUAUAUAUAUAUAUAUAUAUAUAUAUCAGUUUGAUCACACAAUUUUAGGGUCUUAAUGCCAAGUCAGCAGGUUUGCUUUAUGAAUCACAGGGACUAGAAAUGCCCACAUUCAGGAAAUUUCUAAUAUUGUCUAGAUAACUCUCCCUAUUCUAAGAGAGAGACUGUACAUACUGUAAAUACGUGUGAUUGCUUGACUUGAGGCUUGAUUUAUGAAUGUAAUCCCAUCCUUGUAAGUUUUUCAUUUUAACCAUAAAUUAUGGUAAAUGUAACCAAACUCCAGAGGUUUUUCUACUCCAUACAGUCCACACUGAUUGUGACAAACACAUUCUUAGCAGCUAGUGUCUGUUAUAGUCACCGCACUGGAGUAUCCAAGCGGAGCCCACCAUGUGCACAUGCGCGUGUGAGUGAGUGAGUGUGUGAGCGGCUGAGAUGAAGUGGAACUCGGAAGACGAAUGCGGAAAGCAGAGGCUGCUGGCUGAGAGUUCGGCCCACCUGGCUCUGUACUUAACUGUGUUGUAUGUUGCUUUCAAACCCACUGAGCAGCCAGGGAAUGUGAGGAAGCUUGCUGCCAAAGGAACGAAGGAAGCACUCGGCUGCUGACGCCUAGCUUUUGCCCCUGAAGAGAGCAAACAUGGGCAUCUUGUACUGUGAGUGUUCCACUGGAAAUGGACAAUCUUUGUGUGUCAGAGUAUUUUGUUUUAGUAAGAAAUGUUUACACAGCUUGUGCAAUUAUUUCGUAGGGAAAUAAAUUUUUAUAACUCGUCCCACUUUCCUUUCUAAACGUGCCUCUUGCUCCUGUUGUUUAUCCUCAGCCACCCACUCUUCCUCCCCCAGCACCAACCUGAGCAGCCACACUGUCUGUCAGAAUCUAGAAGUGCUUCUUAUAACCAAAGUUCCUGCUCAAGCUUCAGAAGUUAUCAGGGCAAAAUGGAAUGACUUGAAGCAAAAAAGUUGAAACACUCUCUUACAGGACACAUCUCUGAAGGAGAACCUAGAAGACACUUUCUUCUUGCCUCAAUUUGCCUGUGUUAAGAAGCUUAGACUAUACAAUAGCCAAGACUAUACAGUCUCUCUCUCUCUCUCUCAAGAGUCCAGUGCUAAUGGAUGGAUAGGUAAGACUGUAUUAGCCGCAAGAGCCCCUAGCAUUCGAAGUCUUUCACAGGCAAACGUCUGCCUGUGAUUACCCAACCAGAUUGGUAUAUUACUAACAAAUCAUGGUUACAAUAAAUAUAUUUUUGUUUUGUUUCCUGGUUAUUUCAUAUUCUUCUGAAAUACUCGUAGGCAUUUAUGUAAAGCAGUUUUACAUUUACUACUUUAUCCUAUACCCAAGAAAACUCGAGCGUUUAAAACAGGAAUUGCAUAUAUAUUUUACCAGUGGUUUUACCUGCUUAGAGAAUGAAAAUUUUCCUUAGAAUCAGCACUGUACUUAUAGAAUUUAUACACUAUACACAGUAAUUUCAGACCCAAAUUUAGAAAGCACUCAUCAGAGACUCUGAGCAGUGAUCUAUUCCCUUCCUCUGUGUGUGUGUGUGUGUGUGUGUUUCAUCCAGAGGAAUGGCUGAGACAUUCAGCCUCAUGAUGGUGUUUCUCAUACCUGCAGUAACCAUGCAUCCCUUUCAUAAACUAGUUCUAAUGUUGUCCAUCCAUCUGCUUACUGUGCGCAUGUGUGUGCACAUCACUGCAUCCCUCCACUCUGCUGAAGGGUCUUAUACAGGGCACCUCUGUGUGAAAGCACACACUGGGGCUCCAUCAGCAGUGUGUGCUUGACCUCUCAACUGACUACUAGGAUGUAACACUGCUCUUUACACAGCAAAAGUUUAAUCUUAACCAACUCCGUGGUAGAAUCCUGAUUUUUUUUUUUCUGUAGUCAAGCCAGGAAAUGCUGGGGAUGUAGUUAAUAGUGUUAUACUUCUGUGUCAGCCACUUCAGUUUUCCCUGUGCUUUCUAAACUGCUCACUUACUGUUACCAAAAAAAGGUGCUGCUAAAAGUAGGUUGUCUUCAGUCAUCCUGUACCACAGACAAUACCACAUUUGAACAUGUCUGCUCUGCCUCCCUGUUCGACACUCACUGUCACGACACUGAACUGUUUGAUGAACUUGGUUUAAAGUAAUUCAUGGAAACAAAUAAAGAGCUGGCUUCUGCACUGUU